AUAGACGGUAUCAAAUCUCGCGAAGAUCGAGCGGUGUGACGGUUGCCCGCACGUAUAAAUACAGACCGGUCGCGACAUACUGCCCCAGUCGUUCUCAUCCUCUUCUUGCUCUUUUCAUCUCCAGCAGCAAUGGCACCCAAGGUCGCGAUCGUCAUCUACUCCAUGUACGGGCACAUCGCCAAGUUGGCCGAGUCCGUCAAGGCCGGUGUUGAGGCUGCCGGCGGCAGCGCCACGAUCUUCCAGAUCCCCGAGACGCUCCCCGAGAACAUCCUCCAGCUCCUCCACGCGCCGCCCAAGCCGGACUACCCGAUCAUCGACGCCGACAAGCUCGCGACCUUCGACGCGUUCAUCUUCGGCAUCCCCACCCGCUUCGGCAACUUCCCCGGCCAGUGGAAGGCCUUCUGGGACACGACCGGCGCGCUCUGGGCCAGGGGCGCCCUCGCGGGCAAGUUUGCCAGCGCGUUCGUCUCGACCGCGUCCCCCGGCGGCGGGCAGGAGAUGACCGUCGCCAACACCAUGUCCACCCUCGUCCACCACGGCAUCAUCUUCGUACCCCUCGGCGGCGCCUUCUCCAAGCUCGCCAACCUCAACGAGGUCCACGGUGGUUCCCCGUGGGGCGCCGGCACCUUCGCGGGCGGCGACGGCUCCCGCCAGCCCACCGCGCUCGAGCUCGAGAUCGCGAAGACCCAGGGCCAGUACUUCUGGGGGAUCGUCUCCAAGCACCAGUUCUAAGCUGCUCAAGCAUCAGUUCCAAGCUGUUGCUGAAAGUCAACCAGUACCAAGCGACUAGUACCAGUAGUCGACAGCUUUUGAAGGGCUGCGACGACAGCUUCCAAGAGUUGCGACGACACCUUCGAAGAGCUGCGAAUACGAGGUCGAAAGCAUUGUAAUUAGAUAAACACUUGUACAUCAGAUAACCAAUGGGAAACAUGGGUAGAACAUCAA